AUGGCCUCUGUCACUUCAAAAUCAUCUAAGAAGGACGAGGAGGAGGAGCGCGACAUCAUGCCCGACGAUCUGAUUGAAGAUGAAGAGCAGGAUGUCAACUCGGAGUUAGAUGCAGCCCAACGGGAGUAUUUGGCGCACUAUCAGCAACUGGAAGACUUUUUGUCGCCAAUGUCCCUGGAUGAGGCUGUGCUGUACAAACUGGCCCGGCGUUUUUCCACCACAUACCGUAACCUGGCUUUGACAUCGGAUCAGCAAUUUUUGCCGACCCCCGUGACUCAGCUUCCCACUGGCCGGGAAACUGGUCGCUAUUUGGCGAUCGAUGUAGGAGGUAGCAACCUUCGAGUCGCAUUCAUCGAAUUGCUUGGAGAUGCUGUGGAUUCAGAUGUUCGUCCAACAGAUGCCACAGAGAGGUCACGGGACACCAUCCGGAAGGCCCAGCGUCAGCGAGUGAAGCGUACGCUGGAACGAGCUUGGCCAAUUCAGGAGCAUCUGAAAAUGGACAAAGCGGAGGAUCUUUUCUCGUGGAUUGGUGAUUGCAUUGCUGAGGUGGUAGCGGAGAGUCUAUCAUCGGAUGCCACUAAGAAAGAUAUUCCAGCCGAGCUAGAUAUGGGUAUCACAUUCAGCUUUCCUAUCAUGCAAGAAUCAUUGGCAGAAGCCACAUUGAUGCCGAUGGGCAAAGGCUUCGCUAUCUCAUCAAACCUUAAUCUGGGCAACAUCCUCCUGAAUGGAUAUGAAAAACACACAAGGAGACCCGAUGAUGAAGAUGAACCAUCAACUAAGCGCCGAAAGCUUUUCGCUUUGCCGAAGCUGAAAAUCCAAGCUAUUACCAACGACACGGUGGCCACGCUCGCUUCCCUUGCAUACAAGGUCAAGUCGCUACCAAACAGCAGGGUCGCCAUGGGUAUUAUUGUUGGCACUGGCUGUAACGCAACCAUUCCAAUGAAGCUCAGUGAAUUGCACGAAUCUAAAGCUAAGAGCGUCAACACAAUGGAGCCGAGCGCCGUGGAAACCAUCGUCAACACUGAGUGGACCAUCUCCGGAGCUGCACCGCCCUUGAAAGAACUAAACGUGACCACCAAAUGGGACAUCGAGCUAGAUCGGGCCUGUGCGCGUCCAGGCUUCCAGCCCUUCGAGUACAUGACUGGUGGCCGCUACAUCGGUGAACUCAUUCGUUUGAUCCUGUUCGACUAUCUCACAACAAUUGCCAAACUGUCCAAACGCGCCCUACCCGCAAACCUCAUCCAAGAAUAUGCACUGACAACCACGUACAUUUCCGACACUGUCGCCAAAGCGCGAUCUGACACUGACCUUGCCAAAGUCUUGAACGAAUCCCUCCCUCCUCCAGAAAGCAGCGACUGGCGCUGGGAUGCCCGAGCUGCAGGCGCAUUCCGAAAGAUUGCCCGCACAGUACAGAGACGAUCAGCUGGGCUGAUUGCUGCUGCCGUGGUCGGACUUCUAGCCUGUGCUCGCGAGAUCGAGCUCAAGGAAGAGAGCAACAGCAACUCGCCAGAGAAUCCCGCAUCACCCCAGAGCAACAGCGGCGCUGUCACAGAACAUAAUGGCACCCCUGACGCUGCGGCUGCGACGCUCAAGUCUGCUGCUACUGCUGUCAACCACGCUGUGCAAGGACAUGUCGUCCCUGUCAUUGACCCUAGGCCUUUGGACUGGCAGUCUGGACCUGAAGAGCUCGUUGUGGCUUACACGGGCGGUAUCAUUCAACAUUAUCCUCAGUUCAAGGAGAUGUGCCAGCAAUACAUUGACCGUCUCAUCAUGCGGACUGGGCCGCAGCGGGGUGGAAAGUCGGUUUUCUUACGGGAAGCCUCUGAUGGAGGUGUCAUUGGUGCCGGUGUAUUGGCUGGCAUGGUUGUUCGGAACUGA